UUUCCUAUUGUCGAGCCUUGAGGUUUUCAAGCAGGUUGGUGGCCAUUUCAAUGAUGUCCUCAUUGAUGUUGUUCAUUCUGGAAAGAGAAUUUGAUUAGUUGGCGACAAUGUUAACUUCAGUGUGGAUGUCAAUCAGGAAAGAUAUUGGAAGCACAAACACAUGGUACAUAUGUUUGCCUCAGCAGCUUUUAUAUCUGAACAUUACUUUAUGUCUAAACCAGAAAUUCCAGAAAUAUCCCUUGCUCAUCUCGCAAUCAACAAUGUCUUACUAUCUCAGGCAGAGUAUUGUUUGCUUAGACACGGUGUAGUAAGCAUUGUGGCACAUACACUAAGCAAAUAUCUACCUCAUCUAGGAUUUGUGAAAGAUUCUGUGCCUGUAACCUUAGCCCCGAGAAUCAACUUUUCUGUGACAAAAGUUAUCCCAUUGACAGUACUGCCAUAUAAUGAGCAAUAUUACAAGGACACUAUUAAAAUCUUGGAUUCAUAUGAAAAUAUCAUUACUGAUAUUAAUCAAGUGGCAUGUCAUCAAAAACAGUUCCAAAUUGGAGGAGAUCAGCUAACACAAGAGUGCUUCUCAGGAGCAAUGAAACUUCGACUUAGAAAUCAAGAUGCAAGAAAGAGAUUUGAGCAUUUGAGUCCUACUACUUUUGAAUUGUUCCAUCUUGGGAUGAACUUUCUAGAAAAAUCUAUCAUUUGUGUCUUGUGGAAUGAAGAUGACACAAGAGGUCAGGCAGACUUACGCACCCCAGCAGACUUACAGAUGGAGUGGCUUGUGAGAGAAGAAAAGAAGCAUAUAAAGCAUAUGUACUCAAACAAGACAGAAAGUAACAUUAUGUCCCGUUCAUCCGCUCUGUCAGGAAUUCAUGACAUUGCAGAACAGUUUGAUAGAACUGCAUGCACACUUGUGGGAUCAAAUACACAGAAAAGAACAAGUGCAGAUGAAGAUGAACUCUACAUCAUUGAUGAUCUUCACAAAGUUAUGCCUUUUGACCAUCAAGAGGGUCGAGCCUACAUAAAAUUUCCUGAUAUCCCAAAGUCACAGGUGAAAAACUCCAGGACUUGUUCAAAAAUAAAAUAA